GCAUUGCCUUUCAUUGGCCCAUUCUCAUUCAUGUGAAUUUCAUUGGCAUAAACGUAAUUACGACGAGAAAUUGGUGCGAAGAAACGGGUUGAAUCUCUAUAAAUAUGCCGUAAUCCUCCACCUCCACUUCGCAGCGAUAUUUGUAUUGUCCGCGCAAAUGGCGGACUGUGCUUUUUCGUUAACGGUUAAGAAUACUGAGGUUAAGAAGCUUAUCUUGCUCUUUACUUUGCUCGUUAGCCAUUUUCUCGCGCAGGUUUCCGUUUCCGAAAUCAUCUUUGAAGAGCGAUUUGAAGACGGCUGGCAAACUCGCUGGGUGAAAUCUGACUGGAAAAGAAGUGAAGGUAAAGCUGGCUCAUUCAAACACACUGCUGGAAAAUGGGCAGGAGAUCCAGAUGACAAAGGCAUUCAAACAUCUAAUGAUGCCAAACACUAUGCUAUCUCUGCAAAGAUACCCGAAUUCAGCAACAGGAACAGAACCUUGGUACUCCAGUAUUCUAUCAAGCUUGAGCAAGAAAUCGAGUGCGGUGGAGGUUACAUAAAGCUCCUCUCUGGAUUUGUUAAUCAGAAAAAGUUUGGUGGGGAUACUCCUUAUAGUUUAAUGUUUGGACCAGAUCUAUGUGGCACGCAGACAAAGAAGCUUCAUGUCAUAGUCUCCUACCAGGGCCAAAAUUACCCCAUAAAGAAGGACCUGCAAUGUGAAACUGACAAGUUAACUCAUUUCUACACAUUUGUUCUCAGGCCGGAUGCCUCUUACAGUAUCCUGGUUGAUAAUAGAGAACGGGAUUCCGGUAGCUUAUAUACAGAUUGGGAUAUUCUCCCUCCACGAAAAAUCAAAGACGUCAAGGCAAAAAAGCCUGCUGACUGGGAUGAUAGAGAAUACAUUGAAGACCCUAAUGAUGUUAAACCCGAGGGAUACGGUUCUGUCCCAGCGGAAAUAGCUGAUCCGAAGGCUAAGAAGCCGGACAACUGGGAUGAAGAGGAAGAUGGUAUAUGGAAGCCGCCAAAGAUACCGAACCCAGCAUAUAAAGGGCCGUGGAAAAAAAAGAAAAUCAAGAACCCUAACUACAAGGGGAAGUGGAAAACUCCAUGGAUAGACAAUCCAGAAUUUGAGGAUGAUCCUGAUCUUUAUGUGCUCAAGACUAUCAAGUACGUGGGCAUUGAAGUUUGGCAGGUGAAAGGGGGCUCGGUUUUUGACAACAUUUUGAUUUGUGAUGAUCCUGAUUACGCAAAACAAGUAGUUGACGAAGUGUUUAGUAACAGGGAGGCGGAAAAGGAGGCUUUUGAAGAGGCGGAGAAAGUGAGGAAAGCCCAAGAAGAGGAGGAAGCUCAGAGGGCUAGAGAAGAAGGCGAGAGGAGGAGGAGAGAGAGGGGGUACGAUCGACGUUACAGGGACAGAUACAAGGACAGAUACAGAAGGCAUCGCCAUGAUCACCUCGAUGAUUAUCAUGAUGAGCUUUGAUGGGAUCAGCGCUUGACGCCCCACCGCUAUGACUCGGAAUUGGUGCGGCGCCUCCGUUUACUAUGGCAGGAAUCAGAAAUUCCUGAGCUCAGUGGCAUAUCCAUUCCAAGUUCCUGUUAUUUUCUUUUUUUACGGGCCAUACAUCCCGCUUUGCUUAAAUCUCUGUUGUGAUGCGAGUAUGCAACGCAGUCGAACAUAUGUGCAAACGUCGUCUACUGUCGCUGUCUGUGUGUUUUUUAAUAUAUGUAAGAAUAUCUCAAGCUUUUUGUGGCUGACACCCAUGGCUACUCAAGCUUUUUGUUCAUUCUGUUCUUCUUGUAGCUCAAUAUCCCCCGCCUCUUCUUUUGUUA